AUGUCGUCUGCAGAGGAGAACGGAAGCGACUCACGACAGUCGUCCAAGCCGAAGAAACGUAUUCGCCGGCUGCAGCGCGCAUGCGACACCUGUAAACGCAAGAAGAUUCGAUGUGACUGGGCAGCGGCACGGGGCAACAAGUGUACUUAUUGUAGGACCCAUCAGCUCGAUUGUAGCUAUACGCAUGGGGAUAGGGAGGAGAAGCAUGGUACCCCGGAAGAGUAUGUUGAGUCUCUAGAGCGCUCUGUGAAGCUCAUGUCUGCGUGGUUGUACCGGCAUCACCCGGACCUCGAUCUAACCUUGGAGUUUGGUAUUCCCUCCGACAUUGAUAGAUGGAUGGAAACUCAGCGAUCCAACGCGAAUUUGCUUCGACCCAACGGUGGGGACGUCUCAGAAAUCAACUUAAGUGUUGGUGUCAAGGAUGAACCCGAAUCGAGCGAUGACGAGACUUUCAAGUUGGCGAGUCUGCAGCACCGCAUGGAGAACGUUCAUAUCGUGGACCGCUUCCUAGGCAGAGGAAGCGUUCUUGGAAAGUCGAGUGGUGUUGCCCUCAUAAAGUCUGCUCUGGAGAUGAAGGACGAAGGUUCCCUCAGGCAGCGGCUAGAUCCUCGCAAUAUGCGGGCUAAACGCGAUAGUUUCUGGGACUCGCAUGCGUGUCAGUGGGAGCAGUCGACGUUUGACGCCCGUCUCUUUGACUUCCCGCCAACCGAUCUCAUGUACUCGCUUUUCGACAUAUGGUUCAAUACCCGCUCACAUGUGCUUCCGCUCUUGCACCAGUCAACUUUUAUGAAGAAGCUAUCCAACGGUCUGCACUAUCGGGAUGGAGCGUUCGCAGCCAUGGUACUCGUUGUUUGCGCUAUCGCAUCCAGGUUCUGCAACGACAGCAGGGUCCUAUAUACGGACUCGUGGUUUUCUGCCGGAUGGAAGUACUAUCAUCAAGCUAGGAUGUACUACAAGCCGUCGAUGUCCUCUCCAUCUCUGCACGAUAUCCAGCUCCAGGUUCUUUUCUGUCUAUACCUCGAGGGUUCAUCCAUGCCUCAGACUUGCUGGACAACGUGUGGGAUGGCCCUGCGCCUUGCCAUGGAUGUUGGCGCUCACAAGAAGAAGGCUUAUCACAAUGAUAAACCCGAUCCAGAUGAGGAGCAAUGGAAACGCGCCUUCUGGAUCUUGGUUAUCAUGGAUAGGUGGCUCAGUGCCCAGCUGGGUCGUUCGUGUUCGGUUCACGAAGAAGAUUUCGAUCUUGACCUUCCCAUCGAUGUUGAUGACGAGUAUUGGGAAACCUCCGACCCCUCGCAAGCCUUCAAGCAGCCAGCAGGACGACCAUCCCGGGUUGCCUUCUUCAUAACUCUGAUUAAGCUCAGCAGGGUGCUUGGCGUAGCUCUACGCUCCAUCUUCUCUCUAGAUUCGCGGUCCAAUAUCCUACUUGAGCUCAUUGGAAAGGGGUGGGAGCAGAGGGUUAUCACAGCUCUGGACUCCGCCCUGAACGAAUGGGUGGACAAUAUACCUGAACAUUUGAAAUGGGACCCUAGUCGCACGGAUCCUGUCUUCGUCCUCCAAUCGGGGUGCAUGUAUGCCCAAUAUUACGAGCUUCAGAUCAUGAUCCAUCGCUGCUUUAUCCCAACGCCGCAGAAACCUGCAUCAACUACUUUCCCCUCCUUGGCUAUAUGCACAAACGCUGCUCGUUCAUGCUGCCAGAUCAUAUCAUCGUGCCGCAGGCGGCUUCCUCAGUGGCGUGGUUUCAUCUUCCAAAUGGCGGCUUUCACAUCCUCGCUUGUCCUCAUAUUUAGUAUUUGGGGUGCCAGGCGGAAUGGCAUGGCCAUUGAUACCACGAAGGACAUGGAACGCAUCUGUCAAUGCAUGGAGAUACUCAAAGAUGCUGAACCGCGAUGGGCAAUCGCAGGGCGACUCUGGGACAUCCUGUACGAGCUUGUCUUCAUGGGCGACCUUCCCCUUCCUUCUCUCCCACCCUCGAACGAAGCGUCGCCCGAAGCACUGCCCACUACGGAUUUCACUUCGAGCGGCUCUAGUAGCAUCCCAAGUCCACCGGGGUCAUCCUCUGCAGCCAGCACUAACUCCGGCUUCUAUAAUGCUCCGGCGUUCAUCCCUGCUCACACUAGUGACCUCGGUCGAUUGCCACUACACGUCCCUCUUACUUCGAUGGCGGACCCCGCCUCUUAUAGCUCAGCUAAUUCAGCGCCCGACCCAUUCGGCGCGACAUCUAGCUCGGGGGCAAAUGCAGAGAUAGACGACGUCCUCGCCGCCUUCGGAUUCGGUGCGGUUUCCUUUGAAACACCGGCGUUAUCCACGACCACCAGCUCCUCGGCACCCCCCGCUCAUGAAACUUCUAACUGGCCAGACUUUUCGUUCAACGUCGAUUCCUCCAACUGGAAUGGUUUCUUCUCCUCUCUUUCAUCCGCAACCGGUCAAGCUGGUCAGGGAACGCAAGCUGAACUAGAUGCAUUCUGGCCUUCGGAUCACGCGCCCGCCGGCCUGUCACAGCCGCCAACGAGCCAACAGCCGCCGGCACCUCCUGGACCUAGCAUGGCAGAUAUGGACCCUUUGCUGAGUUUCCUAUGA